AUGGAUUAUUCUCCCUCGGUGUUCUUGAGUUUUAGAAGGGAGGAUACAGGUAGGACUUUCGUGAGCCAUCUCUAUCGUUCGUUGGAUCAAAAACGGAUUCCGGCUUACAAAGACGAUGAUCAAAACCAGGAGGCGAGAGGCGGGAGGAUAUCACGGGAGGUCGCAAAGGCUAUCAGAGAGUCAAACGUUGGCGUCGUUGUGAUAUCGGAGAAUUACGCCUCUUCCGCCUGGUGCUUGAAGGUACUCGCGGAGAUCAUUGAGCAGUCAAGGUAUAGUUAUCGGGGGAGUGUCAAAGCAGUCUUCUACGAAGUGGAUCCGGUGGAUUGGACUGGGAAAUUCGCCGACGAGUUGAGGAGGCAUGAAGAGAGAGAAGCUCCCGAGACUGUGACUCGCUGGAGGAAUGCAUUGGAGCGGUUGCAGAUAUCCGAACCUAAAUUUUGUUCCCAAAAUUGGGAGGAUGAUUCCAAGAUGCUUGAUGAUCUACUCAUCAGCAUUUCUUCUCCUCCGUUUCCUACAAUUCGCCGGCAUGAAAUUCGACAAGCAGCAGCCACUGGCCACGCAUCCAGCCAGUUGACAUUGAUGAGUGAUACGUAUAUGAAGGACGUACCCCAAAGCCUGCCUAGGUCUGGAGAAGCUGGACCUGAGAGCCAAGACCAUGAUUUGUCGAAUGAAUCACCGUCUCCUGCAGAUGGUCUUGUUGGGAUGUAUCGCCACAAGACAGCAGUCUAUGCAUUGCUGGAUUUGGAAUCUAAGGAAAGUGUCCGUACUGUUGGCAUUUGGGGUGAAGACGGCGUCGGUAAAACGACACUCGCGGAAUGUGUUUUCAACGACAUCUCACGACGCUUUCAGCACCACUGCUUCCUAAGCAAUGUCAACAACAUCUACCGAAACCGAAUCUCACCAAGUUUACUACAACAUCUUACACGCAAAAAGAGUUCCGAUAACAUCUUUGAUGCCAUCAAACCCUUUCUUGUAAACCGACACGUCCUGCUUGUUAUUGAUGGUGUUCAUGAUACUAACCAUGAACAACAUAAGGAUGCAAUGAAGGCUUCCCGGUGGCUCGGUCCUGGAAGUAGAGUUAUCAUGACAUCUUGGUCCAACAAUACGCUUAUUAACUCAUGCGGAGUAAAAUAUACAUACCAUAUGGAGUCUCUGAGAUAUGACGAAGCUCUUCAACUCUUCUCUCUUUAUGCUUUCAAGAUGCCUUACCCUCCUGUUGGUUUUGAAGGGUUCUCCAUUCGUGCUGUCCAAUUUGCUGGACGUCUUCCUCUGGCUCUCAAAGUGCUUGGUUCACUAUUGUUUGAUAAAGACGAAGAGAGUUGGAAAACAACAUUGCGCAAGCUCGAAGCAUCACAAGAUAACGGUAGCCGUCAGGUAUCAAACUACAUCGGGGCAGGUGAAUACCUUCCGAGACAUCAAAUAGAAUUGGAACAGUAUGUCGGAGCAGAUGAAGAAAAACAUUCAGCUUCAUAUCACAUGUUGAUUUGACAAUUAAAGUGAUGAUCAUGUUCUAAGCUUACUCAAAAGAUUUAUGUCAAUGUGCCGGAUACAAUGAAAGUGAUCGAUGGCUCUGCUAUCUA